AUGAUCCUCACAACUUGCGCCGCCUGCGCCGCCCCACUGGCCCUCAACGCGCCGCGAUGCGUGCGGUGCCAGGUGAGAUACUGUAACAAGACUUGCCAGAUGGACCACUGGCGCCGCGGCCACAAGCAGAUGUGUAAGAAAAUACACCGCGGCGGUAACGCGGAGCAAUAUCACGCCGACAAAAAAUACAAAGAGGCCGUCGCGGACGCGGUCGAGGCGUGCGCCGAGGACACGAAAGGCCAGACGUGCUACAUUUGCACUGAGGUCGUCCAUCGGCGCACGGGAGAAGGCCUCGUACGCAUGUGCGCGUGCAACGGGACGGCGGGUUACGCGCACGUGUCGUGUCUGGCGGAGCAGGCCAAGAUUUUGGUCGCGGAGGCCCAGGGCCAGGUUAGGCCCUGAUGAAUACGUCGUGUGUGCUGAUAUUCUAGCGAAGACGCUCAAUAUGCUUGAGGAUUACGCCGAAUCCAUAGCGCUCCUUCGCGACGUCAUUCCUUCGAGCAUUGCCGCAUUUGGGCUCGACGAAAGGCGCACGCUAAGACUCCGAUAUUGGCUUGCUGACGCCCUCCUACACGCGGGGACUGACAAAGCAAUGAUCCGCGAGGCGAUCGAGGUGUUCGAGGACACAAGCUUG